AAUCGGAGAAUAAAUAUUUUAACGGAGAAAAAUGAAAUUCUAUAUUUGGUUAAGACAGGAAAAUUCGUUUUGUGUAUCUUUAUUAUCGUAGUCGAUAUAUUUCGCUGACAAUUGAGAAGGAUUAUGGGUAAUAGAUAUUUGGGUAGUAGAUGGAUAUUUUAUAGGCAACAGAUGUUUGGAAAUUUAUUAUUUUCGAGUUGCUCGAUGGCGAUGUGCUCUUAAUAGUUUUGGUGCCAUGGUUAUGGGAACUUUUGUGGGAUAUUGGAUGGCUGGUUUGAUGGAGAAGUUAAAAUUAGUUUGGAAUGGUAGGAAUGCAGCCUUGAAAAACUGUCCGUCCGACUCUUCAAAUAUCCCGACCCCUAACAUUGGAUUUUCAAAAGCCAUGUCCGGAUUUAUAAUGAUGAUGACCCAGCAAGGGAAACUGUUGUAUAUAUCGGAAAAUGCAGCGGAAUAUCUUGGACACUCUAUGGAGGAUUUGCUUAUCCACGGAGAUAGUGUUUACGACGUAAUAGACAAGCAAGAUCACAUGGUUGUACAAAAUCAAUUAUCUAGAAAUAGUCCAAUUCCAAGCGAUAGAAGAUUGUUUCUUUGUCGGAUCAACGUAUCCAGAAAUUCUCGGAGGCAGCUUCGUUUUGGCGACCAGAAGGUGGUUUUAGUUGAAGGUCAUUUUUUACCUUUCGUUCCUGUUUGUAAUCGAAAUGAGUUUGUUUUCCUUGCUUCGUGUACACCUGUUGUUUUGCCGGAAACUAGAGAAAGUAUCGUGCAGGGUGCAACAAAUAUUUUCACCACCAUUCACUCUAUGGAUAUGAAAUAUCUGCAUAUCGAUAAAACAGCUGAAAGCCAUUUGGAGUACACACGUAACGAAUUAGUAAAUAUGUCAUGGUAUAAUUUGUUACACUGGGACUCAAUACGAACAGCAUAUUGUAAACAUCAAACUGUUAUUCAAUCUGAUCAAGAACGGUCUGCAACCGCAUUGUUGAGACUGCAAAGCCGUUCCGGACGCUGGUUCUGGGUACACUGCGUUUUACAAGUCAAAGAUACUUCCGAAGAAUGUCAACAUCCUAUCAUUGUGUGCACGAAUCAAGUUUUGAGUGACAGGGAAGCAGAAGUAAUGCGCUCAAGUUCUUGGUUGUACCAGUAUUCAUCUCAAACUAAAUUUACUUAUACCAUCUGCUCCGGGAGUCAAAACCGCAGUGUGCCAUACGCUACCGGGAGUCAAAGUAGUCAGCAACAGGAUUAUACUCGUUCGUUAUCCCAUGCACAUAACAACGAUACGCAACACUCUCCUGAUAUACGAAAUUCAGAACAAGAUCCACAUAAUUCGUCAAAACCACAAUUAAAGGAUUACGCAACAAGGAACCCGCGAGAGGAUGCAGAACCAGUUGACAUGUCGAUCAGCAGUAGCGAACAUGAAAACAGAAACGUGCACGUGAAUAUACAACAUGGUCAUUAUGCGCUUGGUCAAUUCACUGAUAGGUACAAAGUGCACCAUAAAAAUUCAUUGAAUCUAAGCGGUUAUCGCGCCAAGUUUAUCCAGUGUCACGGUCAAUAUAAUGUAGACACGUUGUCACCCAAGUAUUACAUCACAGACUUAGAUAAGGAGUAUUGUUGUAACGAGAGGAAUAGUAGCCAUAAACGACUUCCGGGUAAAGCGCUGUCGGCGUCUACAGCUACAGGAUCUACAGUUGAUCCUUCAGAGUUGUCUAUGGAACACUGGAAUUCAAAUCCAGUCUGGUCCGAUACUCUACAGAGGGUACCAGAUGUCGUUCAUCAGGAACUUAGCCCGUAUGUAGCAACACCAACCACACCGGUCGACACUCCGGACUCUGAGCUACAUCCAGAAACACCGAUUUUUAAUUUCGAUUGGGCGGCUGAGCAACAUGUGCCUAAUUUGAAAAUCACGUUUCGUAGUUCGAAUCAGGGACCCAGAAAAGUCCAGGAUGUUCAACCUAUUACGUUGCAGUUACCACGAAAAAAGGGCCAGUCCAUGAAUGAUUCUAAAGACUUUCCUAAAUAAGACUGUGCACUUGUUGAAUUGGUGCUUUGCAGUUAG